CUUUUUAUGUUGGACUUAUUUUGGCCCCUUUCUUUUUCUCUCACUCCUCUAAAAGGACUUCUAGCAAAUCAUCUAUAUAUGUUCCACAUAAGCUAUUAAGUUUACGCUUAAAGUCAAUAUGACAACCAUACCACGUUUGGUGCUAUCAACUUGCAGAAAUUUAAGUUAGUGGUUUUUUCCAAGAUUCCAUUUGAAAUGAGAUGGAAUUUAGAGUAAAAGACCUCGUCCCCCGAAGACACCACUAGUAGAUUUAAUAACACAUGGCCGAAUGGAAAAAAUUCUAGUAUAAAAAGAAGUCGUCCUGCAGAUGCAAGACCAUUACUUGUUUUCUGCAUUCAAGUAUUUGCAUUUUGGCUCUUCAAUUAUUUGAAACCUUCAAUGGCUUUUGUCAUGUCAUUUCUUUCUUCAUCAUUUUCUGUACCAACUAAAAGAUGUAGAUAUGACGUGUUCCUAAGCUUUAGAGGCGAAGACACUCGCAACAACUUUGUAGAUCAUCUUUAUUCGGCUCUAAUUCAAAAAGGAAUACAUGCCUUCAGAGACGACAAGGCGCUAGAUAAAGGAAAACGGAUCUCUCCAGAGCUGCUGAAAGCCAUUGAAGAAUCGAGGUUUGUAGUGGUUGUUUUCUCUAAAAACUAUGCGCACUCUACAUGGUGUUUGGAUGAACUUGUCAAAAUCAUGGAAUGCCAAAAUCAGGUGGGGCAGAAGGUGUUUCCGGUUUUCUAUCACGUAGACCCAUCACAUGUGCGUGGGCAGAAAGGAGACUUUGAUAUUGCCUUUCAGGGACACGAGAAGAUGUUUAGGGGAGAAUUGAACAAAGUGAACAACUGGAGGAAAGCCUUAGUUGCUGCAUCCGACUUAUCUGGCUGGCACGUCUCGGUUGACAAUGGGGGAGAAUCCACCAUCGUCACCGAGAUUGCUGAAAAGAUCUCGAGCGACAAACAACCUCGUGAUGGAGAAAAAAAUUUAAGAGGACGCUUGAUGCACAAAUUGUUAUGCAGGAUUUGGAAUUUCAAGGAAUAGAAGUUUGUCACGUUUCGGGAUUAAGUGAAAAUGAU